AUUGUCUGUCAUCUGUCAAAAAUUUGCGACAACACAAGCUAAAAAAUAUCAGGAAAAUUAAUUAAAAGCCUCCAAAAUGGGGCGAAGAUCGAUUAAUACCACCAAAAGUGGUAAAUACAUGAACCCCACCGAUCAAGCGAGAAAAGAAGCGAGGAAACAGGAGUUAAAAAAGAACAAGAAGCAGCGGCAGAUGGUGAGAGCCGCUGUUUUAAAGGGAAAAGAUCCGCAGCAAAUAUUGGAGGAAAUGGAGAAAAUCGAUCAGAUGGAGUAUAAUGUUAAUCAGCCUUCGCCGUUGAAUGAAAAAGUGUUGAAAGAUAAGCGCAAAAAAUUGAAAGAUACCCUAGAUAGAGUACUUUCUAUGUAUUACAAAGAUGAUCCAGAUAAAUGGGCAGAUUUAAAGAGAAAACAAACAGAAUAUGAGCAUAAAAGGAAUCAAUUGGUGGCUUUUUUUGAGUCGGUACGAAGUGCUCAGCAAGUGCAAGUGGAUGAGAUUCCGUUACCUCAAUUGCCGCAGGCUGCCAAUACAGCAUUACAAAUUCCACUGCCUUCGGAGAGAAAACAAGAACAUACCAUUUAUUCUAUAGCAACAGCUUUAAAAUUGCAAGCUUUGGGUCAACCGGUGAGGGAGCCCCCCGGAUGCCCGCCCGGCCCCCCUCCCGACAUAAACGACGACGGCGAAGUCGAAGACUUCACCUUCAAAGCCGUGGAAGAGGAAAAAGAAGAAGUGGAAGAAUCGCUAAGCGACUCGGAAUCGAGCACGGUUAAACCGACGUCGUUGCAACAAAAAAUGGUGGCUCUAUCCGGGCAAAACGUCGACGAAUUCAUGAAGGAGAUGGAGACGGUGCAAAAGAAGAUGGAGCUGAGCAAAGAGGAGGACAACAGGGUCAAACUGACGGCUCACAUUGAGCCCCUGAUGCCUCCGGGCACGGAGCUGCCGCCUCAAACGCAACCGCCGCCCAUGAUGUUCCCCGGUCAGCUGCGGCUACCCCCAGGGCCGCCUCCAGGUAGACCUCUGAUGCCCCCGGGACCGCCGCCGGGCUUACCCCCGCGACUGCCGAUGCGGAUGCCCCCCGCGCCCCCCCGGAUGAUCCGGCUGCCCGCGAACCUGCUGCCGCAGCCGCCCAACGUGCUCUCGGCCGCCCCUCAGCUGAUCAACAGGGCGGACGGGGGGGCGGUGAUAGUCAGCAAGCCGCAGGGGGCCACCAUCAGCGCCAAGCCGCAGAUCAGGAACCUUUCGGCGGACGUUACGCGGUUCGUGCCCUCCACUUUGAGGGUCAAGCGGGAGGACAAGAAGCCGAAGACGAACCAGAGGAGUUUGGUGCACGAGUUGAAGCAGAAGGAGUAUCAGAUGCACCAGAACGCGUUGGCGGGACGGCACACCAAAGACGACGCCUACAAGCAGUUCAUGGAGGAGAUGGAGGGGCUUUUGUAAUUUUUACAGUGUAAGAUUUUAAGAAUAAAUGAUUAAUUAGGA